CCGUUUAAGGCUGCCCUAUCCUCCCUCCGGAUUCCCUUCCACUCUUCAAGCCCCUCUUUUUCCUUUUGCUCCCCCCUCGACUCCCGCCCCUAUCCCCUCCUACCCCUUCCUCCCCUUCCCUCCCCACCGGCCUCUCCCAACAGCACCAUGCCGCCCAAGCCCCAGACGGUCCGCCGGCGCUCGGCCCCGGCCAAGCCGAUGGCCCUGACCAAGGAGGCACUUGCCCUGCAUGACCGCAUCCAAAAUGAGAUGUUCGAGGAGCAGAAGGAGCAGCUGGCUCUGCGCAAGCGCCUGGAGGCGCGCCGGCGCCUGUCCGGCCAGCCGGACUCCGAUGAUGAGGACCUCCUGCCGCUGGGCGGCAAUGCCAUGACCACUGACGACGGCGCCGCCGCCCCCUCGACCGGCGCCGCCGCGCCGACCGACCCGGCCGACCCGUUCGAUGUCAUCCGGCGCCAGCUCCACUCGACCCUGCCGAGCCACCGGAACAAUGUGGCCAUCCUGGCGGCCGUCGAGGAGACCAUCGCCGCUCAGGGCUUCGACCGGACCCCGACCGCCUACUUCGGUGCCCUUGUGAGCCUGCUGGCCGGGCAGGUGGCCGAGGCCGAUGCGCUGCCCGUCCGGGCGACCGGCGGUCGCCAGCGCCGCGGCAAGGCCCCACUCAACUCCAAUGACGAUGAGUCGGCCAUCUGGAAUGCGAUUGUCCUGCUUCUGUCGCUGAUCAUCAGCCGGGUUGAGGCGUCGGUCCUCUGCGCUCGGUACGCCGACCUGGCGCAGCUCUUCUCCAAGGCCCUGGGCCACUAUGUGGAGUCAUCGGCCACCACGCGUGCCCUGUUGGAGUGUCUGGCUCGUCUGCUCGGGGCCAUCGAGGCCCCCAUGUGGACGCUGUCCACGUCCACCGCUCUGGUGGGCCAGAUGGUCAGCCUGUGCAUGGACCAGCGGCCGAAGGUCCGCCGCAAGGCGGUCGACACGCUGACCGCCCUGUAUGCCGGGCUUGGUCCGAAUGCGGUGGCCAGCGCGCGGCCCAUCUUCCACAAGGAAGUCGCGGCCCUCUUUGCCACGCUGCACACCGAGUACACCGCCCUGGCCCAGCAGGCGUCCAUCGCCUCGGCCGCUCAGCAGGACCCCCUGAACAACCUGACCGCGGGCGAUGACAACAUGGAGGACGUCGAGGCCGGCAGCAACCCGGCCAUGGCCCUGCUCUCCAGCAAGCUCAUGCACCUGAUGCGUCUGCUGCAGGACAUCUUCAAGCAUCUUGGCCGUUCCGAUGAUGCCUUCCUCAUGAAGCCGCUGCUGGUUCUGGACGAGGUGUACCGCGGCCUGGAGGAGGAUGAGCAGCCCCACUUGCAGAAGGAGAUCGAGCAGACUCUGCAGGCCGGCUGCCUGUCCUUCGGCCCGGAGAUGCUGCUGGCGUCGCUGCCGCUGAACAUUCGCCGUUCGGAGAUCGAGUCCGGCAAGGUCAGCCGCCCGUGGCUUCUCUACGUCAUUCGCAACCACAUUCCUCAGGGAUCCUCGAUGGCCUACUUUGUGCAGAACAUCGUUUCUCUGGCGAACGACAUGAAGGCUGAGCAGGAGGCCCUGAUCGCCAAUGGCCAGCCCAUGGUGGCCGUGCAGUUCCGCAGUCUCUUUUUGCAGCUGUGGGCCCUGUUCCCCGGGUUCUCCAAGCUCCCAAGCGAUUUGGAGCACUUCCGCAACAUCGCCCGCGAUGUGGGCACCUUGAUCCAGACGGAGGAUGACCUGCUGAUUGAUGCGUGCCACGGGCUGCAGGCCCUGGUGUCUUCUGGCCUGGGUGCGUCGGAGGAGCGGGCGGCUCAUGUCCGCGCGGUGCUCGGCCCCUUCGCCAAGAACUACAUGCCGCUGCUCUUCAACCGGAUUAUGGGCGCGGCGUCGCAGUUCCAGGACCCGCUGGUUGGGACCAUUCGCGAGUACUCGCGCCUGACGGAUCCCGAGCUUCUUGACUCCUUCGUUAGCCGGUGCAUUGCUCGCCUGACCAGCGCCGAGUCCGACGACAACACUCGGGACAUGAUGCUCACCCUGUCGAUCGCCAUGUCCCCUUCGAUGAACCUCGAGUCUAAGGCUCGCAUUUUCCAGGCACUGCCGACCUUCCUGGCGUGCGAGGAUGCCAUGCUUCAGAAGCGCGCCUACCGGUGCCUGCUCACCGUGUCCGAUAAUGUCGGGCAUAUGGUCAUCAGUUCGGCGCAGGCCUCGGCCGUGCUCGGGUCCCUUCUGACCCUGGAGUCGGUCAGUGCCGGUGCCAAGCGCGACCGUCUGCGCUGCAUGCUGGCUCUGCUUACGCGCAUGGAUGAUCCGGCCUUCCUGGCGGCCGUGCCGUCUGUCAUGCCGGAGGCCAUCCUCGGCUGCAAGGAGGUCAACGAGAAGACCCGCCGCACGUCCUACGACCUGCUGACCGAUGUCGGCAAGCGCAUGGCUCAGCUCGGCUCGACCCCCCUGUGCCUGGAGAACCCGGAUGCCAGCCUGAAUGGCUUCUUCAAGAUGACGAUUGCCGGCCUGGCGGCCAACAGCCCGCACAUGAUCAGUGCCACGGUUUAUGCCCUGUCGACCCUGGUCUUCCAGUUCUGUGAUCAAAUGGAGCUCAGCACCUUGUCGGUUGUCAUCGACACCAUCCUGCUGAUCCUCAAGUCCAAGACCAAGGAGAAUGUCAAGGCCGCCAUCGGCUUUGUCAAGGUGAUGGCCGUGCGGGUGCCGGCCGAGCGCCUGGGUGCCCACCUGCCGGGCAUCGUCGAGGGCCUGCUGGUGUGGGCCGAUGAGCACUCGCAUCACUUUAAGAUUCGCGUGCGGGAGAUCAUCGAGCGCCUGGUGCGGAAGUUUGGUUACCAGAUUAUCGGCAACCUCAUCCCGGCCGAGCACCAGAAGCUGCUGGACUACAUCCGGAAGUAUCGUGUUCGGGAGUCGGUCUUCGGCGAGGGCAACACCGCCGAGGACAAUGAGGAGACCAUGGCCUUCGACUCGUCGCUGUCCAUCGGCGGCCGGUCGGCCCGGCGCCUGGCCUCCACCUCGACCCUGGGUCGGAAGCGCGGCCGCGGCGAGGAGGAGGAUACCCUCGAGGGGCUGGAGGAUCUGGCCAUCGAGACCGACAGCGAGGAUGAGGCGGUGUCCGUGCACACCACCCGCACGGCCCGGUCCAUGGCCCGGUCGCUUAAGUCCACUCAGUCCGCCAAGACCACCAAGACCACGGCCACCAACAAGACCUCCAAGUCGGUGGCCAUGUCGGUGUCCGGCAAGUCGGUGUCCGGCAAGUCGGUGUCCGGCAAGUCGGUGUCCGGCAAGUCGGUGUCCGGCAAGUCGAUGGCUGCUACCACCCGGUCCUCGGGGGCCCUGUCCACCAUGAGCAAGUCUGUGCGUGGCAAGCGCGCGCCGCAGCCCACCCCCCUGCAGCGGGCCAUGGAGGAUGCCUCCAAGUACAAGUCCAAGCGUGGCUUCGGUGAUGUCAAGAUUGCCGACCAGCCCGACCCGUAUGCCUACCUGCCGCUGAACCCCAUGGCCCUGUCCAAGCGCCGUGGUACCAAGCACAAUGUCGAGAUGCAGGAUGCCCUGAGCGUCGCGCUCAAGAGCAACCCCCGCGGUGCCAAGGCUCGUGCCCUGCAGCCGGAGCGCAAGCGUCGCCGCAAGUGAGCUGCAUGGCGUGCGUGCGUGCGUGCGUGCG